AUGGCGCCAUCUACAACCUCGGCUGCAAGCAGCGCUGCGACCACUACCAGUGGAAGUAGUUCAGGGUCUAGCUCAAAUGCGACAAGCUCCCCUCUGCUCUUCUUUGUCGCUUUGGGGUUUGGCGUUGUUUUCACUAAUUUAUGGAUUAUUGUUGGGGUCAAGUACUGUUUCCGAUAUAACCAACGAAACCGUCAGCUGCGUGGAGAAGAACCUGGCGAGCCAAUAGAUUUGGUAUCGAUGCCGCGAGCCCAUCGGAGACGACGCGAGAAGAAACUCAUGACGAUGGACGAGGUCAACGAUCGCUUCCCUCUUACCAAAUACAAGGUGUGGAGAUCCUCUCGUGCCAAUCAGGGUCUUCCAACAGAAGGAGGUAUCACUGCUCCCAACAGCAGACCACCAAGUGUGAAGGAUGAUGGUGGUGUUGUUUCCACUCCUGUCUGUACCUCUGCAACUGCUGCAAUAUCACCAGCCUCGGAACUAGACAGAGCGCAAUUCAAUGCUUCUAAUCUCUCACAUCAUGACUCUCAUUCCAACUCCAACAUACCCUUGACGGACGAAAAGGGAUCCUCAAUCGCCGCAAUGACCUCCGUCCAACAAGGCAUUGGUGGAAGUAUUGCGGAAGAAAAAUGGCAAUCCUCUAUGAUCAAUGAGAAUAUUGAUCUGGAAGAAGACGACGAGGAUGGUGACCAGAUCCGCAAAGCUGUCCCUGCGGAGCUACUUCCAAACCCAGGCGAUUCCUGUGCAAUUUGCCUCGACACCAUUGAGGACGAUGACGAUAUACGGGGAUUAGCAUGCGGACACGCUUUCCAUGCUUCAUGUGUCGAUCCAUGGCUGACGAGCAGAAGAGCGUGCUGUCCUUUAUGCAAGGCUGAUUACUAUAUUCCCAAACCACGCCCACAAGGGACUGAGGGAGCAUCGAAUUCAGAUCGGCAAGGGCGUCGCCAGGCCUCAAAUCGCGCCGAUGCUCUCCGAAGACCUCCCCGUGCAGUUCAAUCCAGGACCCAGGAAAAUCCAUUCCGGGCCCAUAUGGCUUUUACUGGACGGCUCUUCCAACCAACCUCCCCACAGCUAGGUAGUCAACAUCUCCCUCCAAGGGAGCUUUCAAGACUUCCUCCCAACGACUCCCACAGUUCGGGUGAAUUUUCACCCUCUUCUACCUGGUCACGAUUCUUCCCAACUCGUUUUCGUGGGCUUUCAAAUCGAGUUUCCGUGACAAGAAAUCAAAGGUCAUCGCUAUCUGAGGCUCAGGGUUCAUCUAACGAUUUGGCAGCUGGGCAGCGCCGUACUCCCAGUCAACUUGAAGCCGGUCCUUGA